UUCUUAUCAUGUCAAACGUAUUCGUCAUUAAGUCUUGGUCACAACAAUGGUGCGGAAUAGCGAUUUCUUAUGAUCUCUUACGACCAUGGAGAGUGUCGAUGUUGGCUCGAAGGUAUACAUACUUCUAACCUUAUUUUCUUUUCUUUUAAGAAGUUAUUCAAAUGAGACAUUGUGACAAGAAUUUUCUAAUAUGAAGUUGGUGCUUGAGCAAUUCCUAAUUAGUUAAGAAGAAGUUAUGGAUCUGCAUGUAUAAUGCAUUUCAAUAUGUCCUUAAGCAUCGCCAUCAUUGGACUGGCAACCUGUUUCCUUUCUGAAUCAAAUUAUUCUUGAAUCUCUGCCUUGAAUAACUUUUUCCAGAUACGGAUGGUGCGUGCUGUUAGUAUUUAUUCGAGCUGGUGUGACGAAUAAAUUUGGAAUCCACGUGCUGACGAAAUGUCGAAUUCAGAAGUGUCAAGAUCAGACACACUCAAUUGCGCAUCGUACCUGCUGUUUAAUAAGUUAACCACAUGUGAUCGAGAGUUGACCCCAUAGACAAGGUAUUACAUUCCUAAUGGCUAGUAGGUCAGUGACACCAGGCACGAUUCUGCCUCUAUUGCAGUGGCUCUGUCUGGUCAACAAUCACGUUGUCGUAAACCCAAACAUUAUUGAAGAAAGUGAUAACUUCAUUCUGUCGUUUCAGAAAGUAUUUCAUGCAUCGCAGUACUUUGCUUCAAGAACGCUUCAGCAGCAAUCGAGCACUCAUUAUUCAACACGGAAAGGUCAAACAAAUGCCUAGAAUGCAAAGAAAGUCGUUUUGGGCACUACCAUGAAAUAUAAUCCAGCACAUGCUACAUAACAAGGACUAAGGUAUUUGUGGUCACCAUCGCAGCGCAACGUUUCGAGCGCUUCCAUAAGCUGAACAUACGGUAAUAUACCACAGUGACGGCUUUUAAGGAUCCCUGCAACACGUAGAUCUAAGGCAACUUGAAUUGUUC